AUGUCUUCUGAUCUAAGUAAAUACCCUGAAGACAACCCUUUUUCUCUUAAACAAAACCAUACUACAUAUACAUACACUAUCAUUAGUGAGAGAUUUUAUCCGCCAGAUAUAGUACGUUACACCUCAGCUCACUCUCGCAAUGGAACUAAAUACAAGAUUCCGGACAAUUAUUUAGUACAAACAAAGUGGGGCAGAGAAAAGUCGCGGCAUGUAGUAGAAUGUGAGAUUGAAUAUGAUAUAAAUGAACCUAAAAAAAAUCCUAACACGCAAGCCAAACUUUCCGGGGUACAUGUGUUUGGACUUAAUGCAAUAGACGUGGAACGAGAACGUGAAAAAAAAAAGCGAUCUCAUUCUCUCAAACCAUUCGCUAUGUUAAGCGAGUCAAUGAAAACUAAGCGUUCCCGCGCGUUUUCAAUGCACGUUGGUACAGUUUUUAACAAUGAAACUCCCAAAUUCUAUAACCCGGUUGAUCAACCUGUCUUACAAGAGUUACGAUUUAAUGUUCAAAAUAAAGGUUAUGUUGUUAAUUUUCAUCAAAAUAUAGAAAAAAAUAAUCAGCACAUUGAAGCAAUUACAAAAAUUAUUGAUCAGAGUCCAAUUUCUAGAGACGCUUAUAGAAACUUAGCUGCUCUCCAAUACGAACUACCACGUGAUCAUAUGAUUUUAAAUGCUAGGAAAAAAAUUAAUAAAGAAAUGAGUCAACAAAUUCCUAUUUCAAUUUUAAAUAUUACAGACAUUCCCAUUCCUCUUAUAGCAACAAAUGAGCCUUCUGACAUUGAUAAUCAAGAAGUUGAAGAAGAAAUGCACAAAUACAUUGGCAAAGCAGGCUACCGACGCAUAACGGACAUCUUACUCUUUUUAAUUCCGGAUCUUGUAAAUCGUAAAGUUUUAAGCACAAAUAGUCCGGUAAUCCAUAUCCGUAUAUCAGGUGACGGUCGGAAUGUAGGCAGAAAGAUAAAGCAUGUGAUGAUGACAUGUUCAGUUUUAGACGAUGUAUCAAAUCUUUAUAGUGCCGAUUAUCACCAUACCAUUCUUUUAUGCCCUGGAACAGAAAACUAUAAUCUUUUCAAAAAGAUCAUGGCACCCCUAGUCGAUGAAUUAGAUAAUCUAGUGAAAAAUGGGUUGGUCGAUUCUAUGGGAAUUAGAUGGCAAAUAAAGCCCUAUUUCUCUAGUGAUUGGAAAUUCCUAUGUAUAGUCUUGGGGUUCAAUGCCCCAAACACAACUUACUUUUGUCCUUGGUGCUUGUGCACUAAAAGGGAUAUAGGUACCCAAGAUAAGGUUUACACCAUUGAAAAAAGUAUGGAACAACUUAAAGCUGCAAAACCAUCACCAGGUCAUACAAAACCACCUCUUAUUCCAAUGAUUUCUCUAGAUCAUUAUGUACCUGACGAAUUGCACGUGAUGUUGAGGAUCUGGGAUAGAUUGUGGAGUUUAGUCAUCCAGGAGCUUAAAUCUGAAAGUAGAUAUGACGAAUAUAACAGAGGAGUGAUUAUCAGAGAGAUGGAAAGAAUUUCAGUAAAAUUUCAAUUUUGGCAGGAACAUAAUACGGAGAGCUGGUCUUAUACAUCUUUAAUGGGAGAUGACAAGGAAAAAGUAUUACACAGCUUUAACUUUGAAGUUAUUUUCGAUAAAGAACGGGCUAUAUUAAUUAACCAUUUGUGGAGAGAUUUUUAUGCGCUUUAUAAACUUAUGAAGCAACCAGGAGCUGAUCCGUCUUUUUUUGCGGGUCAAGCAAAAAAAUGGCUCUACUUAUUUCUCACACCUCAUGAAGCUUUAAACGUAGUAACAAUCAUUUUAAUGCUAAUAUUACAAUAUGCAACUGAUGGUAACUCACGAGACUAUUUAAAAGCUAAACAAAAAGAUGUUUAUACAAUUACAGGAUUGCGUUGGAAAUUAAGUCUGGUAAAAUAUUUACAUAGUAAAGAUAUCAUUCAUCGUGACUUAGAGUAA